AAAACGGCAAAGUGCUACAGUUAGCGUGACUUGCUUGACGCUGAGAGUGGGUUUGUGAAAUACAGAAAUGGAAGAAAACGACUCCGGAAAACCCACUUGUAAAUAUGGAGGUGACUGCUACCGCACCAAUCCUCAGCAUCUAGAGGGGUUUUGGCAUCCAAAGAAGGGGAAAAGGAAAGGAGAGAACCAGGAUUCAGACGAUGAAGAUGCAAGUGUUGCCAAGAAGAGAAGAUCGGAUGCUGCCGAGCCAGAGCCUGGCAUAUCUGGAGAUGCUGAGACAAAGAGCUCUGAAAAUUAUGAAGUAGAAGAAAUAGAUGAUGGAGAGGACAAGGAUAUAGAUAGCAGCGUAGAAAGUCAAGACAGUGCCCGACCAGCCACGCCUCCAAAUCUCGGCCCGAGAGAGGAAAUCAAGUGGAAAUUCACGAUGGAAAUGCCGGAAGAUUUCUACGACUUUUGGGAAUUUUGUAAAAGUGUGAACAAGAAAAACCCACAAGAUGCACUCAAAGCAUCUCUUGGUCUGCAGCUAGUGGGCCCUUAUGAUGUGCUGGCUGGGGGCCUCAAGAGAACCUCUCAGUCUAAGAGAUCAUCUUAUUGCCUUCACUGGAGGUAUUACUAUGAUCCACCAGAGUUCCAGACAAUCAUACGCGGAGAUGACACAACACAGCAUCAUCUUGGCUACUUCAGGGAUGAGCCCAAUGAAAUGCCAGUGUUUGUUGCGGCCAAUUCAGCCAAGAAAAAUUGUUCCUUCUCUGCCCAGGGGGACAACAUAUUUGCUGCUGUCAAAUUAUACAUGGACCAACUUAGCAAAGCUACUAAAGACAAGGCAGAACAGAACAAAAUCCAGUCUCUUCAUAAGCCGCUGAUCGACUGGGCCAAGAAGUGCGGUCACUCACUGGAAAGCAAGACUCAAGGCAUGAAGAUCAGAGAGAAAAAAGUGGUCACCAAAACAUUCCAUGGAGCAGGGAUUGUUGUACCUGUCGAUGCCAGUGGAGUUGGGUACCGGGAACUUCCUGAAACCGAUGCCAAUCUGAAACGAAUCUUCAAGAAAAUUGCCGACAGCAAGAACGAGGCCGAACGCAACACGAACUUUGAACCGCUGGAUGAGAUCAUUAGUUUUGUGCAGUUUGCCAAUGACGAGUGCGAUUAUGGGGAAGGCUAUGAGCUGGGCAUUGAUCUCUUCAUGUACGGCUCGUCUGUUUUGCAUGGGACCAUCAGGAAUAUCCUACCCUUGGCCUACACGCUGCUUAGGAGAGAAGAAUUUGGCAAGAUUCUGGAAGCGCAUUUGGAGGACAGAAGGAAAGAUGAUUUGAGUAUGCUGUAGAACCACAGCUGCCACAGAAAUUGUCGCAUUGACUGCCAUUUUUAGUUUUGAUAUUUUCACCCAGUCAUACAUCUCUGUCGUUGUCGCCAACUUGACUAGUGGAAAGUGAUUUUUUGUUUUUGUACUCUGAAACAAUUAAUAAAGACAAACAGAAAAUUCUAUUCAUUUGCAAUUAGUAACGAACCUUUUAUUUUUUUAAAAAGAUAAAUCUUGUAACAUUAAAGGUAUACAGAAGCUGUUAACGAGUUGUUUGACACAAGAGAAAUUUCUGGCCUUAAAUUUGCUACAAGUACAUUUACAACAUCUGUAAGGUUUUGUUAAGUGUGUUUUCACAGUCUGCUCAGAAAUAAAAAAUUAAAAUAUAAGA